UUCCAAGCUAGCCGGUUCUGGUGGGAGAUUGGAAUUAAAAUCUUCUCUAAUCUACUGAUUACAAUAGAAUAAAUGCAAAUGCGGCUCGUCUCCAUUCAAAUUCGCCUGCUCUUCACCAGCUUCGGCUCCGCUGGUCACUUUCUCCUUCCCGCAGCUUCAAAAAUUAAAUAACCGACAAGAACGCGACAGCAAGUAAUAGCGAACGCGACCACCUAGAGCCUUUUGAUAUAAAAGAUUCAGAUAUGAAGGACCGAAACGGCUGGGACGGAAAGCUUCGAGUCGAUGAUGCCGCAGAUCGUCGAGCCGUCAUAACAAACCCGGAAGCUCUGGAAGACCCCGAUUACUCGGACGAUGAAGCUCCGCCGGCUGAGGAGAUCAAUGCUGAUGAAGAUAUUCUCGACGAUGAGGAUCCCGAAGUCAAAGACAUAGAUCUCGUUCACUGUAGAAUAUCCUCCAUUCCCGCCCUAAAACUCGAAAGAUUCGCCAAACUUGAGAAAUUAUGCCUUCGCCAAAACCAGAUUACCCGCAUCGAUUUUCCUGCUACCCUCGGUGCCACCCUCAAAGAGCUAGAUCUAUAUGAUAACCUUAUUGGUCAUAUCAAGGGCCUCGAUGAAUUCACAAACCUAACAAGCUUGGACUUGAGCUUCAACCGGAUCAAACAUAUCAAAAACAUAUCACACUUGAAAGAAUUAACCGACAUCUAUUUCGUCCAGAAUAAGAUAUCGAUUAUUGAAGGGUUGGAUGAGUUAGUUCAUUUGAGAAACCUGGAGCUAGGUGCGAAUCGGAUUAGAGAAAUCCAAAAUCUAGAUAAUCUGAAAGCUUUGGAGCAGCUAUGGCUCGGCAAAAACAAAAUCACGGAGAUGAAGAAUCUCUCUUCUUUAUCAAACCUCAAAAUUCUUUCAAUUCAAUCGAAUCGCCUCACCAAUAUCACUGGACUCGCCGAGCUCCGCGACCUUGAGGAGCUUUACAUUUCACACAAUCUCCUUACUGAUUUAUCAGGUCUAGAAUCGAACACUGCCCUUCGUGUGCUAGACUUUUCGAAUAACCAGGUCUCAAAACUUGAAAACAUCGUCCAUCUCGAGCAGCUCGAGGAACUCUGGGCAUCCAAUAAUCAGCUCUCCAACUUCGAGGAAGUCGAGCGCGAACUCAAGAAUAAGGAGCAUCUCGAAACUGUUUAUUUCGAGGGUAAUCCUCUGCAAACCAAUAGUCCGGCAAUUUAUAGGAAUAAAGUGCGACUGGCUUUGCCGCAGGUCAAACAAAUAGAUGCUACUUAUGUACGCUUGGUUUGACGAAGACUCGAAAAACACGCAGGAUGUACUACGACGGCCAGACUUUUGACAAAUGUAUUUUAACACGGUUUGUUUUAGUUCAAUUUUGUACAGCUAGCAUGAAAUACAUGCUCAUGCAUUUUCUUAUAGUGGCCUUGACUGUAGUAUGCA